AUGAAAACGACUGGUGUUUACCCUUUCUCUUUAAUAUUACUAACAUUGUGUUAUGUUUCUUGCCAAAAUGAUGUUCUCAUCGGUUGUGGUGGCUUUGUCAAGUCGGAUAUUGAUAUCGAUUACACUCAAGUUAAGGUCCAGUUGAUCACCAAAUAUGGUAGUGUUAAAGAUGAAAUUGCUUGUGCUCCUACUAGCGGCUAUUUUAUGAUACCUAUCUAUGAUAAGGGAGAAUUUACCUUGAAGGUCUCUCCACCACAAAAUUGGGAUUUUGAUCCAACCGAAAUCAAAUUAAACAUAGACGGGAAGACAGAUCCUUGUAGCAAUAAUCGUGAUAUCAAUUUUACGUUCAAGGGCAUUACGAUAACUGGCAGGAUUCUUAGUGAAGGUCUCAUGGAUGGUCCAGCUGGUGUCGCUGUGACCCUAAGUCAAGGCGAUACCGUUGUUCAAACAACAAAAUCUACCGAUGGCGGAAGAUAUGUGUUUCAUCAAGUCAAGCCUGGUCAUUAUGAAAUUAAGACUAGCCAUGAUAAAUGGACAUUUUCUAAAUCGCAAACGACCAUUGAUGCCAAAAUUGGAAGCACCAGUGUAACCGAAGAUAUGAUUAUCUCGGGAUAUGACGUUCAGGGAAAAGUGACUGAAUGUGAUUCAAUUGAAAAAAAUCUGGCUACCCCAGGUCAAAUUAAUGGAUUAUCUCCUCUUUGUUAUCGGAUUUCGGAUCAGCAAGGGUUGGUUAAUUUUCCUUCCCUUCCACCUGGACAGUAUAUUUUGGUUCCUUAUUACCGAAGUGAAGAAAUCGUAUUUGAUGUUGUACCUGCUCAAGUACCCGUAACCGUUGCGAGUAGUAGUGUUAAAAUUCAGCCAAAUUUUCAAGUGCACGGUUUUACUAUUGGUGGUCGCGUGCUAGCUUAUCGAGAGGGAAAAGGUAUAGUUGAUGCUUCUAUUCAAAUCAAUGGGAAACCUGUUACUUCUACUGGUAAAGAUGGGAAAUACUUGCUUGUCAAUGUAACCAGUGGGACUUACACGAUUACGGUUAGUAAGCCUUAUUAUUUUUUUGAACCCUUUGUGACGAAAAUAACUCCUAGUACACCUGCCCUAGAAGAUAUCGUAGCAACAAGAUACAAUUUAUGUGGAUUAAUCGAAAUUACUGAUUUACCUAACGAGGUUAUGAAGAGUAAAAAACGAAAAGUGAAUAUGUCUCCUGUUGGAAGUAAAAGCACUGAGGUUACAAUUUUAUCCAAUGAAAAUGGUUCAUUUUGCUUCCAAGUUUCUCCCGGCGAAUAUAUCGUAAAGGCUGUACCGGAUGAUGAUGAUAAAAGCAAAGGUGUCAUGUUUACGCCACCGAGUAAGCAGGUGACAGUCAAAGACGAGCCAGUUUUUGGUGUUAAAUUUGGCCAAUUUAAGACUACCGUUAGCGGCAAGGUUAAAUUCUUAGAGGGAUUUCAUGGUAAUAAAGACACUACCAUAUAUUUACGGGAUACAGAACGAUCAGGACAUGUUCACCAAGCUGUUGCGAAAUUAACUGGUGAUAACUUGGUUGCUCAAUUCAUAUUUGAAGACGUUUUACCUGGAAAAUACAAUGCUGCCGUUACACGGAAAGACGUAUGCUGGAAAUCAGAGGAGCUACCUUUCACCGUACUGGAUAAUGAUAUCGAUGGUAUACAAUUUGAACAGAAUGGCUUUGUUCUUAGUGCUGUUACAUCGCAUUCGUUUUACGCGUAUUAUUCUUCGGAGGGCGAUAAAGAGAAGACUGAAUGCAAAUUUAACAAAGGCUUGAAUAGGAUGUGCUUACCAAAUGCCGGACGAUAUGAGAUAUCACCAGCAAGUUGUUAUAUCUUCCAGCAAAAUGAAUAUUCGUAUGAUACGACUUCGACCUCAACUUUGAGUAUGACUGCAGUUGAUUAUAGAGUAAUUGGUUCGGUAAUUUCAUUCGCAGAUGCCAAAGAUAUCAUGAUAAAAAUAAAAUUUACAAAUAAAGAAAAAGAAGAUAUUGUUCUAGGGCCGUUAGAGGCUAGACCUCUCGGUCAAUUGUUAAAAUUUGACUUCCAAUUUAUUUUGAGGCCUGGCGAUAGCGUAUCCGUAUUACCGUCUUCGGAGACACUUCUAUUUGAUCCAUCAAAGAUUGACUUUACUUUAAAUGAAGAUAAGGAAUGUCCUAUAUCGAUUGGUGCAUUUGAUGCUUCGAAAGGCGAGAUAAUUGUUGGUAAAAUUGAACCUGUAGUAAAUGAUGUUGAAAUCAGGUUGCAUGAAGCUGGUUCGGAUGUUGUACUGUUGACCACUACAACUAAUCAACAAGGAGAAUAUAGAUAUUCUAAUAGCAAGCACUUUUGUCCUAGGUUUGGUCCCUUAGCAGGAAAUAAAAAUUACGACGUUACUGCUUCGAAGCCUGGUUAUGUUUUUACUCCAACGCUUGACAAUAAAAGAGAUUUUAAGGCUUCUAAACAAGGAGAAAUUGUAAUAAAAGUUGCAUCAGAGGAUGGACAACCAAUGUCUGGUGUACUAUUCUCUUUAAGUGGCCAAAACUUUCGAUCUAAUAAUAUAACGUCUGAAACUGGGGAAAUUCAGUAUCUAAACUUGCCUUCUGCACAAUAUUAUUUCCGACCUUUACUGAAAGAGUAUUCGUUCGAGCCUGCAAUGCAAUUAAUUUCAGUAGAUGAAGGAAUGACAGUCAAUGUAGAGGUUAAAGGAUAUCGUGUAGCUUAUAGCUGCUAUGGUAAACUGUCUUCACUAAACGGCGAACCUGAAGUAGACGUAGUCGUAAGACUAGCUGCAACUUUUCAAUUAAUGGAAUCGAAACGUUACUAUUUUGUUAUGCAAAAGGCGAUAGGAAUUAAUAAUUGCGAAAAUAGUCGAGAAGAAGCAACCACAACUAUAAAUGGAACAUUUAGAAUUCGAGGGCUUAAACCAAAUUGCUCUUAUUCCGUGCAAGUUGCUGAGGAAAAUAGUGAUAUCAUAAGCAGAUCUAUCCCUGAUAAGCGUGUAAUUGAAAAGGUUGAAGAUCAAGAUAUUACGGACGUCAAUAUAAUUACAAUCAGAAGUUCUGGUCAAAUGGAAAUCAGCGGAACUGUAUUUACGGAAGAUAAAUAUUUGCAUACUAUUAAGGCUCUCCUCUAUAACGAAAAUAAUAUGGACUCACCAGUCCAAUCAGUAGCUCUUGGUGAUAAUCAUUACUUUCAUUUUAAGCCAUUGCCAAGGGACGGAAAGAGCUACAUUUUGCGUAUCCAAUCCAUGCUAUCUCUAGUUACCUAUUCGUACAAAACCUUGGAAACUGAUUCCUUCACCGCAACUCAACAUCGUCGACAUUUUCAUUUUAAUUUCUCAGCUGCGAUAAGACAGAUCGAUCCUGAGCCAUCCCAAGGUUCAUUUUUAAUUAUCCCGUUUAUUUUAGUUAUUGCGAUUGCUUUUAACUUUACAAAGGUUUCUCAAUAUGUGAAGUCUCUUAUUGAAGCGUAUAAUAGCCGGCAGCAAUCUUCUACAAGCGAAGAAAAUGUCAAAGCAAAGAAAAAGCAUGGCAAACAUCGUUAA